CUCUAGUCUGUGAGUCAGACAAGGUGUGGUAGCCAGACAGAGGUGUCUUGUGUUGCACGCUCGCCUAACCGAUUUGACUUAUCUGCGUCAUCGAUUGGCUCUAAAAUAAAAGGAUCAUGUCUUUCUCGGAAGCAGCUUACCAGUAUCCCGCCCUGCAGAAUGUCUUGACGAGAGUUGUGCGUGAGAAGCUAGGUAUUUCGGGCGAGGAGAAGCAGGAGGUCCGGCAACUUUCAAUUCAAGUCGGAAAAGCUUUGAGGAGGGGACUUCAAAAGAGUGUAGCCGAAUUGAAAUUUCCAGAUGAACCGGAAAGAAUCGGAAGUACAGCUGAAGACCUAAAGAUUCCAGGCAAUCAGGAGUGCGACUAUCUUCUGCACAUCGAUAUUGCGGCGGGAUAUGGCUCCCUUGCACUGGAGACACCUGGGAGCGAAGGCUACUUUCGGGUGGUCCUGAUGCACUCGGUGCCCAAAAUGAACAAGAUGCUCUUGAAGUCCGGCUCGAUGGAGUACCUUUCACCGAUGAAAGUACAUGCCUACUUGGUGGGAAAGCUGACCAACGUCCUUGAACAGGCCAAUAUAGGUUUGUGCGCGAGGGCAGCGCCGUUUGGCAUCAACGGAGUGACAAAUAUAGUCCAUCAGUCAAACCAGGCUGGUCCUAACCUAAAACUGGAAGUCUUCUACAAUUCCGGUCGGUCCUCUUUCGAUAUGGAUUUCGUACCUUGCCUCAACAUCCAAGAUAAUCUUCUGGUUGCCAAAUGUCAUCCAAGCCUAGGCCCCAUGCACACUCUGACCGCUAGUGACCCUUCAACUUUGCGUUGGAGACAAACGAUGGGCCCUACCGAAACUGCGAAGAUCGCUCCACUGGACAAGGGUAAUGGCGGCUGGAGUAAACAGGUAUGUCGGCUUGCAAAGUAUCUGCGCAGCAAGCAUCCACAGUUCCAUGCCUUCCCUUCAUACAUCUACAAGACGGUUUUCCUCCACUUGUUGGACGAGUACCACUACCCCACAGAAUGGCGCGAAAACAAUCUAGCCAAUCGCUUCCUUGACUUCAUGAAGAAAUUCGAGAAAGCCCUUCUCUGCAAGGAGCUCGACCACUACUUUCUCCUGAAGCGCAGAGGCGUCAAACGAAACCUGCUGAGGCCAAGGUUCAAGCCACUUGUUAUUGAAGAGGUGGGGCAGUAUGUGGCAAGAUUGAACCGAAAAGGUGCGGCAGCCUACGUCGAGCUAUUCACCGGACUGUAGAUAGAUAACACAGGAAGAAGUCAACAUCUCCGUGGAUGAGGACCUCGAAAUUUCGGUAUUUUAGACAUAGACAAUGACAUAGGCCCAGGAACCAAAAUGUAUAGUAGUUGCACGUUCGAACUUCGGAAGAAUUUAUACUUCAGAAAAACUUACCAUAGGAAAUUAGGGUUUAGAAAACUGCUUCUUAUUCUGUCAGGGAAUAGUGCGUUGUUACUUUGCCUUAAACCAAUGUAGGGAAGAUUUAGUACAGGAUUAUUUCACAACCGUUUAGUAUCAUUCGGUGAUAUUUAAAGUAAUAUACAAGAGACAGCAUUGGCUGAGCAAGAGCAAGGCUUGGUGAAUAAAGGUUAUAGAUACUGGGGGCUAUGGCAGCGUUGUUGUUUUCGUGAAAAUAAACGUGUAUGAUGACGCCAUCACGGAUAGGGAAAUGACUGAUAUGAAAUAGUAGAAGUUUGAAGCUCACGCUAGAAAAAUUUUGAUAAUAUUCUCAGAAUAACCAGCCGACUAUAAAUUGGCCCGAAGUCAAGUUGGUCAAGAUGUCAAACACAUCCUUGAAAAGUGACCUAUUGGUUUAUCGAAACAUAAAUUGGUGUUGUAUUGCAAUCUUGAUAUCGAACGGUGAGUGCCAAGCAAAAAUAGUAUGCCAAGUUUAUAACGAUAACGAAAACACAUCUCGAAAGCUUUGCACCAAAUGGAUUUAAUUGUCAAUUGUUGAAUGUCGAUUUUGAGUGGUUUACUGACAUUUUGGCCCGUUGAAACCUAACUAGAACAUGUCUCAUGUUUCUGGUGUUAAACAACUCUUCUGUUAAAAUAAAAGGAAAUUAAAAAAUUAAAAAAACAUAUAGUGAGUCGUACUUUGCCGUAUACAUUAAUGGUUGAUCAUCAACACCACCAACUUGGCUAGAAAAUGAAGUUUAUGUUCAUUUAAAACCUUGGAGGCUGUUCUCCGGAAAACAAAGAACUGACACCCACCCUUCAAACUGACAUGCACUUUGUUUCAAAAGAGUUCUAAUAGCUUUAGGAUUUCAAGUUCUAGCCAAAAUGGUGGUGCCUAUGGUCAACCCUUUAGUAAAUUCAAUGCGUAAACAUUUAGUGUUUGUGCAGUGCUGAUGGACUGACAUGACUGAGGGUAUCGCAUGGCCUGAUGGCAAGAUGGGUCUUCAUCUGGGUCACUUCCAACAAAUUCUGUAAUGCUAAGCCAUGGCAUGUGCAGUCUAGCUCAUAUUCUGUAAUGCUAAGCCAUGGCAUGUGCAGUCUAGCUCAUAUUCUGUAAUGCUAAGCCAUGGCAUGUGCAGUCUAGCUCAUAUUCUGUAAUGCUAAGCCAUGGCAUGUGCAGUCUAGCUCAUAUUCUGUAAUGCUAAGCCAUGGCAUGUGCAGUCUAGCUCAUAUUCUGUAAUGCUAAGCCAUGGCAUGUGCAGUCUAGCUCAUAUUGAUAUCAACUCAUACUUCAUACGAUAUCUCGCAAACUAUUACAUUAAAUUCAAUGCGGUUUUCAGCGUGUUGUCAGAUAUUUUGUUUACUUAUCACACGUUCUUGCAAGAAUGAGAUUUCUUUACAAAAUGUCUGUAGUUGGCCAUUGAAAAAAUACUUAAAAACGUUUUUAUUUCGGACUAGUUAACGUUCUUCCAUCGCCUAUUCUACCUUGCCAAAGAACUACAGAAUAUGCUUACAUCGCUACAAAACCACAAUAUUUUCGAACUAAAACCAUAUCGACAUGUGUCGGCCGCGCUGGUUCUCGAACAAGCUAAAAGAGGCGUUCCGGAUAUGGUAUUGCAUGUUCUCGAAA